AUGAUGAACACUCACCCCAAGAAGCUGUUAAUCCUCAGGUUCUUCUUAAACCCUAUUGCUUUAAAAACCCCAAACCCUAAUUCAUUCAUAUCAUCGACUACCUCCUCUUUUUUGUCCUCAGAAUCAUCUUCUAAUAAUCACCUAUUUUCCGUUCUUCGUUUUUUCUCUGUCACGUCAGAGGAUGAACGACCGAUUUCUGAUAAAAAUGUUGGAUUUCAAGACAUGACCCUGACCCAUCCUCUCGUGACAAGAAAGAGACCCAUAGAUUUGCCUCAGCCACUCGGUGUGUCGCCCCAAAUGGUUUCUCAAGUGAUUGAUGUGGUGACGAGCAGUAACGGUGAUUGCGGAUCUAAGUUAGAUUCCAUGGGCAUAACACUCUCUAAGAGAUCCGUAUGUGAGAUUUUUAGGGUUUUGAGUUGCGAUAGAGUACCUGGACUGAAAUUUUUCGAAUGGGUUCGGGAUAAUAAUCCGGAUAUUCACCGCAGUGCUGAUGUUUGUAGUCUGAUGAUUGAUAACUGUGGUUGGUUAGGUGAUUACGACACAAUGAAGGAUCUGCUGAUGCAGUUUAAACAGGAAGGAAUCUGCCUUACAGACAACGCGUUUGCAUUUCUACCUGUACUCGGUUCAAGUAAGUCUCAUGCCAUGGAAUCAAUUUCAUUAAUAAUUCGGGUUUUGAAUGAAGUUGGAGGUUCUAUUCGUAGCUCUGGUGUUUUCUCCAUGAUUCAUAUGCUCUGUGUUAUUGACUCUUUUGAAUUGGCCAAGUUUGUGAUGGAAGUUACAGAGAAGAAGCUGAAUUACUAUGCCAUUAUAGCUCGUGAAAAAUGUAGAAGAGGACAUUCAGACGAAGCUUAUGCCUUACUUGGUGAGAUGCGGAUGGCAGGUUGCGAACCAGACUCCAAAAUUUACAACUACAUUCUUGGUAGUUUAUGCAAAAAUGAUAAGCUUCCUGAAGCUAUGAAUUUGCUUAAAGAAAUGAAAGAAGCGGGUGUUGAUCCAGAUCCGAUAACAUUUGAAGUAAUCAUUGCAAAUUCGUGUAGAUCUGGGAAGAUGGAAUUUGCAAAAGAUAUUUUAAAGAGGUUACUGCAUAUGGGUCAUACACCUCGGCUUACAACUCAUGCUGCUUUUGUGAAAGGCUAUUUUGAUGCUGGAAAAUAUGAGGAGGCGUAUGAAUAUGUAAGGGAUAUUGAAGUGAAGAAGAUGCCUGCUACGAAUAAGAUGUAUGGGUUUCUUGCAAGGAUGCAUCAGAGAAAUGGAAAUAUUGUUGUUGCUUGUAGGAUUCUUGAUGAAAUGAUGGAGAAAGAGUUGAAUAAGAAAGACAAAUUGAUGCCAAAAGGAUGAAUGACAUUUGGGUGGGUUUAGUGUUCUGAUUAUCUGCAAUCAGGUCUAAGCAGAAAAGAAAUAUUCUUCCAGCAAUUUUCUCGCAUGUUAUGAAGUUGGUAUAAUAACAUUGAUCAUAAUUCUUAUUAUUGAAAAACUAUGGAGUCUUCAGGCUCUGCAUCCAAGUCUCAAAGUUGAGAAAGCAAAUAUCUAUUUAUUAGUUUCCAACCUUUUCCAUAAUUUCCCAUUUUUCUCUACAUGAAGAUUCUCAUAAAUCGCCCAACCCUAGAUUGAGGUUUAGUAGUGGAAAAUGCUGUCUGGAGCUUGAUGAAUGUUGCUAGAGUUAUUGAAGGUAUAUGCGGAGAAUCUUGCACAUUGCUAUGAUUAUAUUUGUUUGUUUGCUUGCUUAGUUUUGGGGCAAGCUCUAUGUUUAUCUAGGGUUUUGUUUGGAUGAUUAUUAUUGAAUUUCUUGGUAAAUGUCUUGAUACUUACAAAUCACAUCCUCCUAAUAAACUAAAUUUGGCUC